AAGUACUUAUAUUUUCUAAAGGGAUGUUAGGAUACAACACAGCUAGUUGUACGAAUCCGACGCCAAUCGUAGACCACGAAAGAAACUGCAUUAUUUUGGUAUUCCGAACAACUGAUUCUCGUACAGAUGAAGAGGGAAUUCUAAUUUCGGCAGUUUUUAAUCAGACCGAUAUGAUGAUCGAGAGUUACGAUGACGGGGUUACAUGGAGUGAACCUGUCAGUAUCACAGAGAGCAUUUUGAAAUCCGAGCCGCGGCCGGUGAUGUUUGUACCAGGACCAGGCCAUGGGAUACAACUACAUUCAGGUCGAUUAAUUGUUCCUGGUCAUGUAUUUGUGAAGACGGAUGGAGGCUCUAAACAUUACCACAAUUGUUCUGACCAGUCAACUGUAUUACUUAGCAAUGAUGGAGGUAAAAACUGGAGUCUUGGCGGGAGAGUACCUUGUGUACAGGAUAAACUAGAGCAGUACAUAGCUACCAAUGAUGCUCAGGCGCUAGAAUUGACAGAAGACAAAGUGUGCCUAAAUAGUCGUACAUUAAGUGCAUACCAAUCACGUGCUAUAUCUUGUAGUGAUGACGGAGGUCUUACAUUCGAUAAACCUUCACUAAAAGAAGCAUUGAUUGAACCUGGAUUAUACAUGCGAUCUGGGAUUCUAAGGCAAGCGCAUUUUGCUGGUUGUCAGGGAAGUAUAGUAGGAUUCCCAGCACCCCGAGAAGCCAGUCAAAGUAAAUAUAAUCAUGACACGUGGGCACUCUUCUCCAACCCAGCCAGUUUGCACGAGAGAAAAUACAUGUCAAUACGUCUCAGUAGAAACGGUUUGUGGACAUGGAGUGGGUCAUGGAUCAUACAUAAAGGACCCAGUGGAUAUUCGGACAUGGCAUAUUUUGAGACGAAAGGGAUUCCUGGAGCUAGCACAAUUAAAACAUUUGCGAUUUUGUAUGAAAAGGGUCGACGUAAUCCAUAUGAGACUAUUGUGUUCAAGACAUUCACAUUGGAUGAUGUAUUGCAUAAUAUAGCUCUGUAG